UUUCAGGAAAUGCAAGACAUUUAAUUCUUUGAAGCCGUAUAACUGUGUUGUUGUAUAUAACCAGGAUAAAACGGCCGCUGUUCCCUUAUUAACCUUUGUCAUGAAAAGCAGGGCUCACAGAGGUCACACGGCGCUGACGGCUGUAAAACCUCUCGGAGUUCAGUGUUUUUAAAGAAGCUGGCAGCCGGUAAUUGGCUAACCGACGGAUACCGUUGUGUUGAUAUUUGUUAGCAUUAUUGCAGCUAGUGAUGGAGUUGUCUCAGAGGGAGCGUCUGUCGGAGCUGGUGGAGGAACUGACCACAUCGGGACAGCUACAGCUCAACCAAGACAAAAUGCGGGAGGUCAAAAAGCUGUGCAAAGUGUCUAAUGACUGCAUAGACCACGUGUACCACUCAGUGAUGUCCCAGCUGAACCAAGAACAUGCUGAGAUCCGGCUAUCUGCCUUCCAGAUAGCCAGUGAGCUCUUCUCCAGAUCACACCAUUUCAGGAUGCUGCUAGUGGACAACUUUCAGGAGUUCUUGGAGCUGACGGUGGAGACAGAUUCCAAACUGCCCCUCCCUCCUCCUAAAGAAGUAGCCAGGAAACUGAGGGCGCUGGCCAUCCAGACUGUGCAAUCAUGGCAAACGUCUUAUGGCUCUGCUUAUAAGAAGCUGGCACUGGGCUACCACUUUCUCAAACAGGUUAAAAAGGUGGACUUCCAGGAUGCUGAGGCGAGAACGGUAGCAGAGAGGAGGAGGGAGGAUGAGAGACAGAGGAGAAUGGAGAGGAUCUACAAGGAGAAAGUGGAAGCAGCAGCUAAAGACAUGGAGGAGUCGUGCCAAGAAAUAGAAGCAACACUGGCAGAGAUGGAAUCCUGUAUGAGGCUGCUUUUCCCUGAAGUUGGCCUCUCAGACAUCCAAACAGCCAAUAGCAGCCCCAACUCCCAACCAGCCAAUGAGUGUCCUUCAGAUGAUGAUCAGCCCUGCUGCAGCAAAGACCUGAGAGCUGAUGGCAGAGAGGGAAAGAUACAAGAAAGAGAGGAAAAGAAAGGAGACAGAGGAAUGACAAAGGAGAACAGGAAUAACAGGGAGGAGAAAAGUGAGAGGGAAAAAGAGAAGAAAGGGUCUGAAGGUUUGGAGGGGAAGGACGGGAAUAAGCAGGAAAUGAACAAGUGUAAGGAAGGUGAAAUUAGUGGAGAGAAGAAGGGAGACGUGGAGGCAGAGCAAGAAGAAGAGGAAGGAAGUAGUGCGGGAGAUGAAGAGGAAGAGGCCAAUUAUGAAGACUUUAUCAGGAACUCCGGGCUCAUCUCUCACUCCUACAGUCUGGACCUGAACUUCAGUCCUGGUCUUCAUGUGAAAGAGACAGAGGAUAAUGAGCCAGUGGUUUCCACUGUGAUAGACCUUCAUAAACUGAUAACAAGCAAAUACCUGCCAGCUGUGCAGAGCUGGGUUCAGGUCUUCACUAAGUCAGGUGCUGAGCAGCAGCUGUUGAGAAGAGCACUCAAUCUGAAGAGGUCUUUGGAAGCUGCACUGCAGAAACACAAGGAGCUUCACAUUGACUACAAGACCAGGGUCCGCAAAGUGAUGAAGGUCUCUUCAGAUGGAGAGGAAGAUGACGAUGACGAUGAUUUUGAUGAAGUUCCAGAGAAAGAGGGUUAUGAGCCGCACAUUCCAGAGCAUCUGCGUGCCGAGUAUGGUUUGGAUCCCUCUCCUUCCACCUCAACAGGAGCAGUCACAGAAAAGAAACCUUCCGCUAAAAAACCUGCAGCUGGUCCUCCUUCAUCCUCCUCCUUUUCUUCAAUCAGGCAGUUAAAGCGGCUUGAAGAAGAGGCGCAGGAUCCAACCUCUGCUGCUGCCACACUUUGCCUCCUUAGACAGAAGAUCCCAAUGCCCACAGAAUCCAGCAGCGGCUCCUCAGGCCCCAGUUCAUCUCAGCCCAGUUCAGACAAGAACAGUGUGGAGGUUCCAGUGGUUCCAUUUGGUUUGGACAUAUUCUACUGGGGUCAGGAACAGCCCAGUGCUGGCAAGAUCAUUAAGUCAGCCUCUCAGCAUCAGUUCUGGGUUCCUGCAGCGGUGGAGGAGGAGGUGGAGAACCAAGAGAUGUUGGCAGAGAGCAGGAGCAGAUACAUCUCCUUCCCUGGGAGCUUCAUUCCUGUCAGCCAUUUCUGCAGAGCUCCAAUGAGUAAUGGAAAGCUGUGUCAGCGACAGGACCGCUUCAAGUGUCCUUUCCACGGCCCCAUUAUUCCACGAGACCAGGAGGGUCGACCCUGCAGGCAGGAGGACCGACUGAGGGAGGAGCAGGAGGAAAGGAGGAAGAGAGAGCAGGAGCCCGACUGGCGAGAUGCAGAGCUGAUGCGAGACAUCGAGGCAGCGACGGGAGAGGACCUGGGCUCUGCCCGUUUGGGUGGUAAAAAAGGCAAAGGGAAGAAGAAGAAAUACCCCAACCUCAGUGACCUGAAGCAGAGUACCAACACGUCCCGCUGCAGACUGGAGAAAAAAGUCUUCAACAAGAGUUCCCUGCGCAGAGUGGCUCAGUUAAUGAACAAAGCUGACAAGAGAAAACACGACAAGUUCUCCAACCAGUUCAACUACGCUCUCAACUAACCUGCACGUGCCUUUAACUCCAGAGUGUUUCUAUCAGUAACCACUGAACACCUGUCAAAGGAUCAUUCCUGUGUGUAUCAUAGUUAUGUGAAUAUGAAUGUGACACAUGAUAGAGAUGAUAUAAGAGUUUGAAGCAGCGUGAAGGAAAAGCUUUUCAUGAAGCAGGUGCUCAUCCGUAUGAGUGUGUUCUACCUCUGUGACUGCUUUCUCACACUGGAUGGAUCGCAGCCAAACUACCAGACAUGAAACUUGUUUCUUGCAGUCUCACUCACACCAGUUGCUUUCAGUGGAUUUUUUUUUUUUUUUUUUUUUACACUUUUUAU